GCUACCACUGUGUCUCUUCGCACAACCCCGGAUAAAAGAAAAAGUUACCUCUUCUCUUCCCAUCAUAUACACCUUUUAUUUUCGUCUCUUUUCCUGUCCACUUUCCUCAUCAUAGCUCAACUUCUUGUUCUAGAUACAAUAUUAUACAUAUAAACAAAAAGGUUAUUGUUCUAGCUCAAGUUUGAUUCUUGAAAACCCAAACAAGAAGAAAACCCAGAGAAUGCUAUUGAACUCUCCAAUGACCCAGCUGAAAGAAUCCCCAGCUGCACCCUUUGCUUCCUUGUUUCACCAUCAUAGGGACUUUUGCAAGUUUGGGUAUUCUGCAAGGAGUUUUUCUGAGCAUAACCACCGGUUCAAGAUUGUUGGGCAGUCUUUGGGGGAUAAAUGGAAGCUGAAUGACAUAAAUGCUAAUGCAGUGCAAGAAAGAUUAAGCCUAUGGCUAUUGAAGACCCAAAACUUUUUUAAUGAAGUGACUUCUCCACUUGUAAAACCUGGUCAAAGUAGAAAGCCUGAUCCUGGAGAUGCUUUUGAUGCUCAAGAUAUGGGGGACAUAUUUGUGGCAGAACAGACCAUUCAUAGCAGGACACCAAAUGGGAUUCUCUCUUUAGCCGCUAUUGUAUCAAUUGAGCAAUUUAGCAGGAUGAAUGGAUUGACUGGGCAGAAAAUGCAGAAAAUAUUUAAAGCACUAGUUCCUGAAUCUGUACAUAAUAAUGCCCGUUAUUUGGUCGAGUAUUGCUGCUUUAGGUUCUUGUCGCGGGAUAGUUCUGAUAUUCAUCCUUCUCUCAAGGAACCAGCCUUCCAGAGACUGAUAUUCAUAACAAUGCUUGCGUGGGAGAAUCCUUACCAUGAAGAGCUUGCAAAUAUUUCGGAGAAAGCUUCUUUUCAGGGGAAGCUUGUUAGUAUAUCAGCUUUUGUUCGUAUAGCUCCUGCCAUUUCUGGUGUAUCUGAUCGGUCAACAGUGCACAAUUUAUUCAAGGCACUUGCUGGUGAUGAAAAGGGCAUCUCUUUGAAUGUGUGGCUAACUUAUAUUAGAGAACUUCUCAAAGUGCAUGAAGGACGGAGAUCAUACCAGAUUCGAGAAUUUCCCCAGUUUUGUGAGGAGAGAAUCUUAUGCAUUGCUUCCAGCAGUAAGCGGCCUGUUCUUAAAUGGGAGAAUAAUAUGGCAUGGCCAGGAAAGCUUACUCUAACUGAUAGAGCAAUCUAUUUUGAGGCAAUUGGCUUACGAGGUCAGAAAGAUGCCAUAAGACUGGAUCUUACUAGACAUGGAGUACGAGUGGAGAAAGCAAAGGUUGGACCUUUGGGAUCUGUUCUGUUUGACUCUGCUGUGUCCAUUUCCUCUAGCACCGAGUCAAAACCAUGGGUCCUGGAAUUUGUUGACUUAGGAGGUGACAUGAGGCGAGAUGUCUGGCUUGCAUUUUUAAGUGAAGUUAUUGCUUUACACAAGUUCAUGCAUGAGUAUGGGCCUGAGGAUGGUGAUGAAUCAUUGUUUCAUGUAUAUGGUGCGCACAAAGGGAAGGAAAGAGCUACUACCAGUGCUAUUAACAGUAUAGCCAGACUUCAGGCCCUUCAAUUUAUGCGGAAGUUAUUUGAUGAUCCCAGCAAACUUGUUCAGUUCUCAUAUUUAGAAUAUGCACCUUAUGGGCAUGUUGUUUGCCAAACUCUAGCUGUAAACUAUUGGGGUGGACCUCUAGUUACAAAAUCUAUAGGGGCAAGCAAUCAACCGAUUCAAGGAGCAUGGCCCGCUGAUGAGGUAUUUGAAAGUAGUAAUCAUGUCUUUGACAUAGAUGGAAGUGUUUACUUGCAGAAGUGGAUGAGAUCUUCAACAUGGGCUUCUAGUGCUUCAACUACUUUCUGGAAGAACUCUUCGAUAAGGCAAGGGGUGGUAUUAAGUAAAAAUCUAGUUGUGGCUGAUCUGACUCUUGUCGAAAGGGCAGCAGAAACAUGCAAACAAAAAUACCACAUGGUCGAGAAAACUCAAGCCACAAUUGAUGCUGCAAUGCUUAAAGGGAUACCCAGUAACAUUGAUCUUUUCAAGGAACUUAUGCUUCCUCUAGCAAUGGCUCUGAAGAACUUUGAAAAACUUAGGCGCUGGGAGGAGCCGCACUUGACUGUUUCUUUUCUUGUGUUCGCGUAUACAAUAAUUUUCAGAAGUUUGCUGUCAUAUAUAUUUCCCAUGGCCUUGAUGAUUAUGGCAGCUGGCAUGCUAACAUUGAAGGGACUCAAGGAGCAAGGUCGCCUUGGACGAUCUUUUGGGAAAGUUACUAUCCGUGAUCAGCCACCAUCAAAUACUAUUCAAAAGAUUAUAGCUGUAAAAGAUGCCAUGCGUGAUAUGGAAAACUCUCUGCAGACUCUGAAUGUCACACUACUGAAAAUACGCACUAUUCUUCUCUCAGGUCAGCCUCAGAUAACCACUGAGGUUGCACUGGUGCUGUUAUCUUCCGCAACCAUUCUACUCGUUGUCCCUUUUAAGUAUAUACUUGCCUUUCUUCUCUUUGAUUUGUUCACGCGCGAACUUGAGUUCAGAAGGAAAAUGGUUAAGAAGUUCAUAAAUUCUUUGAGGGAGAGAUGGGACACUGUGCCUGCAGCCCCUGUAGUUGUAUUACCAUUUGAAAGUGAAGAAUCCAGAUCAGAAACAGAAACAAAGGAAAUGGUGAACCAAGCAAAACUGGAAUGAAGUCAGAACAGUGACAAUGUAGGUACAGUGCGAUAGUUUUGUUACUAAAGAUUUAGUAUUAGCUUUAGAGAAAAGAACAUGUGAUCUCAUUGCAAUUUUUUUUUUUUUUCCCCUUUUUCUUCCUUUUUUUAUGGUUUUGAGAUUCUUUUGUAUAGAAAUAGAACACUAUCUUCUGUUCUUUUUUUACUGUACUAUUAGUUUAGUUUAUUCAUAUUA